AUGGCGACCGAAUCGACCAAGCACAUCUUCCCCUUCUUUGACCUCCCAGCGGAGCUUCGCGAGAUGGUCCACGAUGAGACCUUGACAGUUCAAACCACGCACAUGCCUAACGACUUCCUCGUACAGGCCACGAACGUACCUCCAACGCGCUUAGAAGCACAGCCAUCUCAUCUCCGCAUCAAGGAUGUCUUCUUGAGGAGCCAUUUCGGAGGAGACCGACAUGACCUCAUUCCGCCAAAACUUCCACGACCAGCGCUUACGAUCCGCAAACUGACGGUGCAACUCGCCAUGGACUCCUUUCGAGAGUGGCGUCUUGAUAGCAUGAAAGACUGGAUCGUUUCGCUAGUGCGGUGGACGCCAAUUCUCCUCUCGUUCGACAUCCGUAUCGUUACAUGGUUUGAUUUAGCAGAACUCGACAGUUGGAAGAAGGCGCUUACUGAGCAGGAGUGGCACGGCAUAAGAGCACUCAAAAGUCUCAGACUCGUGGCUGUCGAUGAUUGGGACCUUGUCGAGUUCAUUGAAGGGGGCACCACGGCGGCCCAAGUAGUGCUGGAAUGGUCGAAAGAUACCAACGAGAUUGAGGAGUUGGAGGAUUUUGUGGAGGUGCAGGAUGAGGCUGAAGAUCCAAAUGCCUUGGCCGAUGCUCGCAAGGUUGUGGUUGUGGAUGAGUCGAAGAGUCCAGAGAGGAGAGCAAGUAUGUAG